UUUGUUGCCGCAGAGGGAUGGGGUUUUAGCAGGAGUCACCGUCCUGGAAGCAACACAUGAUUUGAAAUGUUUCAUAUUGGAUUUCAUUUGCGUUUUACUUGCAUCAGAACACAGUUGAUUGAACAUUUACUGCUACCAGGUUUAGUCUGAGACUAAAAGGAAACCUAACUUUGUUUGGCUUGUGUCUGCUUUGUUAUUCAAUUUCAAUCUCCCGAGUUUAGAUUUCAGUUGCAACAGUAAUGUUCUCCAUCAGUAUAUAACUGGACCUAGGCUCUUCUUCGAUACGCGUUGGUCUGGAAAUAAAGCAAAGACAUUACAGCUUACUAACCAGUGCAUCAGCAAUUCACCAAUUCGAAGCUCUUGAUUGAUCACUUACAUAUUAAGGAAGCUAGGCUUCUGUUCAUCCACCAUCAUUAAGCGAAGCCGUGAUUCAUUCUUCCUUAUACUCAAAAGAUUGGCUAAACGGGACAAAUGCAUCAUGUCUAAUCGGGAUUUUACAAUUAAAGUUGAAAAUUCGCACCCAGACUUGAGCGAUUUUCGUGAUCUUCCCGAUUUCUGUGAAUUUCGGAAUGGAGAUCUAAGCACCCAGCGGAAUGGAGGAAUGGGAGGAGAUGUGCGCUGCGGCAGUGGCGGUGUGGCUAUACCCAUGAGUAACGGUAUUACUCGAACCAACAACUUUCCACUCAAUGGCAAUGUUAACUACGGAUAUGGCAGUCUAGGAACAGGGCUUGAUACAAUUGGUACCGGUGGUUAUGAUGCAGGUAGAGGUGGAGGUGGAGGUGAUGGUGGUAGUGAUGGAAGAAGUAGUGGGUUAGGAGGAGGUGAUGGCGGUGGAGGAGGAGAUGGCGAUGGUAAUGGAGGUGGUCGAGAUCGUAGAGAUCGACGAGAUCGACGAAAGCGUCAGAGUAAAGAUACCAACUCGAGUGCCGAAGACCGCCCCCCUAAACCACUUUCUCCAGGACAACUGAAGAUGAAUGUCACCAGACCGGUGUAUACUAACCUUGAGUUCAAUCACAAGUAUACGCCGCAUCAAGAACACAAGACAGCGAGGCAAAGGAUAGAGAAGAGAUUCAAGCAAUUCCACUGUGGGGAAGCCGUAAAAUCAUCUAUUCAGUCGGUGCUACCGGUCUGCAAGUGGUUACCUGCUUAUAAAUUCAGGCAAUGGCUUUCAGCUGAUUUGAUCGCAGGAAUUACUAUGGGUAUCGUCAAUAUCCCACAAGGUCUCGCCUACUCCAUUCUCGCCGGACUUCCUGCCGUAUAUGGUCUUUACACGACGUUCUUCCCUGUUCUGAUCUAUUUCUUCAUGGGCACUUCUAAACAUCUGUCUAUGGGUACCUUUGCUGUGGUGAGUCUGAUGUGUCGUGAAACUGUUGGUCGUGUUCUCAUGGAGCGAUUCCCCCACGCCUCGGCGCUGGAGAUGGGUCCUCCUGGAGAAAAUUUUCAUCUAAAUGACAACGGGACGAAUACGGACAGUACAGACGCUCCUGGUGGUGUCGACAUCGAAGUGGAAAGGGUGAAAAUACAUGUCGCCCUCUGCCUCAUCGUCGGUAUCCUACAGGUUGUGAUGGGUAUCCUUCGAUGUGGCUUUGUGACUGUAUAUCUGUCCGAAGCCCUUGUGAGAGCCUUCACCACAGGAGCAGCCUUCCAUGUUCUCACCAGUCAGGUUCCCUCGGCACUAGGUAUCAACGUUCCUGGACGAUCGCUCGGUGACAAGACCCCGGAAAUCAUAUUCGUAUGGCGUCAUCUCUUGACUCAUCUGGGAGAAAGUAACACGGCAACAAUCAUCAUCUUCAUGAUAUCGUUUGCUGUGAUCUUUCUAACCAAGGAGAUCAUUGAAAAGUUCAAAGACCGGAUUAACUUCAACGUCCCUAUCGAACUCAUCGUGGUUGCUAUCUCUAUCAUCGUCUCCAAAUUCGCCUACAUGCACAGCCGACAUGGUGUGGACACUAUCUUUGAGAUUAAGACAGGUUUCCCUCCCCCACAAAUGCCAAGUAUGUUCGGUCCCCUAUUCGGUUCCCUGAUCGGUGAUAGUUUUGCCAUCGCCAUCGUCGCCUUCGCGCUCUCGGUAUCUCUUUCCAAGACUUUUGCUACCAGGAACAACUACGAAAUCGACGCAAACCAGGAAAUGUUGUCUUAUGGAGUGUCAAAUAUCAUAUCAUCAUUCUUCCACUGUUUCGUCUGUUGUGGAGCUCUUGCUCGUACAUCCAUCCAGGAAGCCGUUGGAGGAAAGACACAGAUCGUCACCCUAGUCUCAUCCACCAUGGUCAUGUUGGUAUUGCUCUUCAUGGCCCCAUGGUUCGAACCCCUACCCAAGUCUGUGUUGGCAGCCAUCAUCUGUGCUGGUCUAAAGGGCAUGUUCCUUCAGUUCCGGGAUCUUCAUUUCUUGUUCCGAUAUUCCAAAUAUGAUUUCAUUAUCUGGGUAUCAACCUGGGCUGCUGUUGUCUUCAUCGGGGUCGAUCUCGGUCUCGGAGUCGGUGUCAUUGUCGCCCUCUUCGUCACUGUAGUGAGAACACAAACACCAAACUUCUCAACCAGGGGCAAUGUUAACGGAACCGAACUCUACAAGAACAUCAAACGAUACCCAAGUGCUAAGGAAUACGACCAAGUGAAGAUCGUCCAAAUGCAGGGUUCAUUGUACUUUGCCAAUGCCGAGAUGUUCCGUAAUCAGGUCUACGAUGCCGUCGGCAUCAACCCCGUCAAGGUCCUUGUCAAGAUCCAGAAAGCCCAGGCAAAAGAUAAGAAACUCAAGAAGAAAAAGGAAAAUCCAGAUAUUCCUAAUGACGUCAUUGAACUGACUGGAGCAAACGAGGAACAUGUGAGAACUCAGAACUUGAAAAUCAAAGCUAUCAUCAUUGAUUGUGGUCAUUUUGGUUUCGUUGACUCUAUGGGAGCUAAGACGAUGGCAUCCUUAGUCAAAGACUUUAAAGCUGUAGGAGUGUGUGUUGUCCUAAGCAGCUGUUCAGAUUCUGUGAUGCAAUCAUUAUCGUGCCUCAGUUCGAUCAGGAAAGAGCUUUUCUACAUGACUGUUCAUGACGCAUGGCUGUCUCUUCAAAAUAUCAGAUUACAGGUGGAGUCUAUCAUGAAUGGAGAGCCUCGCAAGAAACGACCAUCAAGAUGGAAGAGAUUCAGAACACGAGAGGCAACUAUCUAAGGGGGUCAAGAAGAGAAAAUAAACAUUGAAAUAUCGGGGUACGGUGAAGAAUGAAAGAUGGUGUGCAAAUUUCGAACUACGAUGGUAUCCAUCUUCAUAGGGAGAAAGCGAAAAUGAGACGGAAGAAGAAAGAAUUGUGCAAUAAGAACAGAGGGAUGAUCUCAAUUAAAAAAAAUAAGAUUUGAAACAUUACGAGGGAAUGUGAACAUUUCAUAGUUUAAUCGGUAGCGGGGGGAAAACGAUCACGCAAUGAGAGGCGGGGUUUUAUUUCGAUUAAUAGUAAACAAAUAAAAAUGAUAUCAAAAAAAGUAUUUUAAACAAUCCUUGAUUCGAGGAAGUUCUAAGUUGACUUUCAUCAAUUAAGUCAACUAAUCUGAACUUUGUCGAAAAGCAUAAUUAUGCAAGUUCAAAAUAAUUAUUGUAUAACGCAUGUAUAAGUCAAUAAGAAUUAAAUCCGAGCUGUUUUUUGCAUGAUUUGUACAAGUUACUCACUAUUUUGAAUGAGAUUUUAAUGGAUAUUUUCAGAAAUUGGCGAUAUAAGAUUUUAAUUCUAACUUUUCUUUAAAACUAUAAAUGAAAUUCUAAAAGUGGCUGAUUUAUGAUGUGUGUAUUAUUUAUUUCCAAUUUAAAUCGUUGUCAUAAAGCAAUAAGAGUUUUGAAAUGGUUGGUUUGGAUUUUAUCAAUCCAAAGUAAUUGUUAUGGGAUGUUUAUUGUGUCAUAUGUAUUGUAUUUGUGUAACGUAAUAUACUGUAAAUAGUAUUGGUAUUCCAUGUCAUAUUAUUCCACCUGUCGCUACAAAUGUAUUAAGUGCUGGAACACUGUGAAUUUUUUCUGUAGAAAUCUACACCUUUCCAAUAUAAAACUAGCAUUUUGUCCCUCAAUACUUAAAAAAUUCAUUAUUGGUUUUGAGGUGUAUUCGGAUCGUACAUAUCAACUUUUUUUAAAUUCACGGUUAUGAGAUUUGCAAAUAGUAACAAGAAAAUAAACCCUUCCUUAUUCAAAUUAAUUAGCGAAACUGAUAUCAUGGAUUAUUUCUGCGCAUUGAUUUAACACUCAGGAAAGUAUAUAAAUAAGAUAUAAUGCAGCAGAAACAAUUAGUCCCAUAGAAAACUGCUAUGUAUUGGUCUGUAAUUACAUCUCGCGUUUACUUAUCAUGUACAUAGUACGAAAAAUUCUUGUUUACUAUAUAAUAAUAUAUGCUGUAAAAAUGGCAUCUUUAUCUAUAUGAUAAGAAUUUUUCGGGAUAAUUGUCAUUAUCUAUGAUAUGAGCGAUUUACUCUGCAAUGUGUAUGGUAUUCAUGGUAUUAAUGCUGUAGGGACGGAUUCGGGAUUUCAUGAUGUAGGGGGUGUGGAGAAAAUAAUUCAACUUUUUGUUUGUUUUUGUUGAAAACAAAUACUAAUAUCAUUUCAAAAUCGAUGACAUUUUCUAAAAAUUUACAAGCAACAUAAAAAAGUUAUCACGUCAAAAUCUGUCACAUUUUAUCUCCCCUGUCUCAAGCAAAAUAAAAUCUCUCCACUCAACCCCAGGAUCUAUUUUCUUCGUGUUAAAAAGAGGGUCACAAGAAUGGGCACUAUAAAUAUGGCAUCAAAACCAUAAUUAUGGCACUAUCUGUAUAUGAUUUUAUAAAGAUAUAACAAGAUUUUUAUUACUUUUAAGAAUCACUUUCUAAAGUUUUUUUUUCAUUAUUGGUCAAUAUUAUUUUUUUGCAUAUCAAUAACAGCAAUUGGUACGCAGGUUUGACCUAUAACUUAUGAAAAGCGAAAAGUGACUCGGCUGACGUUAAUAUCAAACAAGUCUUAAAUAAAUGAUAUAUGUAAUCACUUGGAAAUGUCAUUCUGUGCUAUAUUAUACUAUUCAUUUUGGAUUCAAUCCUUGUAAAUAAACAAUAUUAAGCAUGAUUUUUCCUCAUGUUCAAUGUAUAGCUGCGAUGAAGAUUAUAUUUUGUACACUGUGAUUGCAAAUUUCAAAAUACCUAUGUGCCUAAAUCCUUGCUCUUUGAAAUGUCAUACAAUGUUGAGUAUUGUGUUUUAAAGCAUAAUUGUAUUCGGAGACAAUGUAAUGUAUAUGAUUUUACUAUGCAAUAAAAUGAAGUAAU